AAUGGGAUAAAUAGAGAGAGAUAGAAAGUACCUCUUUUGAUAUCCAUUUGUGGAUAAACUUCAAUCCAGCAAAAUUCACUUCUGAGCAUGAUUGCCUGAAUUGUUAGUUUAAUAACAUCUAAUAUAGGGCUGAAUAUAAUACUACUACAAUAUGUAUCAAACUGUAAAUUUUAAAUUUUAACUGUAAAUAAAACCUGUAAAUCAUAAUUUCUACUGGUUACACACGCGUCCGCGUACUAACUAAAUAAAGAAGACCAUCAUCAUUUUCAAAUCAAUCUUUAACCAUAUGUCAGCAACAACAGGUAUUUACAUUCACAAGAAAGUUCAGUAGUAAUGUCACAGACUAAGAGACAUAAUGAUACUCAGGCUCAUUCAUUGCCUGCUGGGUCUCAAUCAGUAUCGUCAACCAUUGAGCUCACGCCUUCUCAACAACAAUUACUAAAGAAGGUGAGAAGACCAAAUGGUACUGAAGAACCAUCAGAAUUCGAAAGAGAACUUUUGAAUAUGACUGAAAGUGCUAAGGAGUUGGGUCUGGAAGAAGAUCAAAACUGGUCAAGACCACGAAUACCCGCAGGCUUUAGUAGUGAUACCUAUGAUAUCUCUUUUCAACAAUUAGAUGCUGAAGAAUAUUAUAGUGGAGAUGAUACAUAUGCAAGAUUCUUUGGUGUUACUGAAGAAGGUUAUUCAGUAUUAUGUAAUGUUACCGGAUUUGUUCAUUAUUUUUACGUUCCUGUUCCAAAAGGGUUUGUUCAAAAUCAACAUUUGGCUCGAUUUACCAGUUAUUUAAAGGAAAAUUAUGAUGGUGUAAAAGAUGUGGGUAUAAAGUUGAAAGAAUCGAUUUGGGGGUUCAAUAAUAAUAUAAAGACUCAAUUCUUUCAAGUCUAUGUUAAUAACACUAAAAAUAUAACCAAAAUAAGAGGUGCCUUUGAAAGAGGUGAAGUCAGAUUUGAAAAUUUAUUUCCUCCUCAAAGUGUUUCAUUUGAUAAUAUUAAUUAUGUAUUAAGAUUGAUGAUUGAUUGUAAAAUAACAGGAAUGUCGUGGAUCACCUUACCAAAGACUACAUAUCAAGUGGUUUCUCCUGAUAUCAGUAUUUCCACUUGUCAAAUAGAAUGUUCCAUCGAUUAUAAGGAUUUAAUAUCGCAUGCACCUGAAGGUGAAUGGUUGAAAAUGGCACCUCUUAGAAUCUUAUCAUUUGAUAUCGAAUGUGCAGGUAGAAAAGGUAUCUUUCCUGAAGCUGAACAUGAUUCAGUCAUUCAAAUUGCUAAUGUUGUUCUGAGAUAUGGGGAAUCAAGACCAUUUGUGAGAAAUGUAUUCACGGUGAAUACAUGUUCUUCAAUCAUUGGAUCUCAAAUCUUUGAGCAUGAAAAAGAAGGAGAUAUGCUUACUCAUUGGCGUGAUUUUGUGGUUCAAGUAGAUGCUGAUGUCAUUAUUGGGUAUAAUACUGCUAAUUUCGAUAUUCCUUAUCUUCUUGAUAGAGCCAAAGCAUUGGGUGUUAAUAGAUUUCCAUACUUUGGAAGAUUAAAGACUGUAAGGCAAGAAGUUAAAGAUUCAACUUUCAGUUCAAGAGCAUAUGGUACCAGAGAGAAUAAAGUUGUCAAUAUCGACGGUAGAAUGCAAUUAGAUCUUUUACAAUUUAUUCAAAGAGAAUAUAAGCUUAGAUCUUAUACUUUGAAUUCAGUAUCAGCACAUUUCUUAGGAGAGCAGAAAGAAGAUGUGCAGCAUUCGAUUAUUACUGAUUUACAGAAUGGUACAAAGGAAACUAGAAGAAGGUUGGCUGUUUAUUGUUUGAAGGAUGCAUAUUUACCUUUAAGAUUGUUGGAUAAGCUUAUGUGUCUUGUUAAUUAUACAGAAAUGGCAAGAGUCACUGGUGUUCCGUUUUCAUACUUACUUUCAAGAGGUCAACAAAUUAAAGUUAUUUCGCAAUUGUUCAGAAAAUGUUUGGAAGAAGAUAUCGUUAUUCCAAAUAUGAAAUCUGAAGGCACUAACGAAGAAUAUGAAGGUGCCACAGUUAUUGAACCUCUGAGAGGUUAUUAUGAUGUUCCAAUUGCCACUUUGGAUUUCAGUUCGUUAUAUCCUUCCAUUAUGAUGGCUCAUAACUUAUGUUACACUACAUUACUUAAUAGACAAUCCAUUGCUGCAUUCAACUUGACAGAAGAUGAUUAUACAAAAACUCCAAAUGGGGAUUAUUUCAUAAAGGACAAUAAAAGACAAGGUAUAUUACCUACCAUUUUAAAUGAAUUGCUUACAGCUAGAAAGAAAGCUAAAGCGGAUUUAAAGAAAGAAACAGAUCCAUUUAAAAGAGAUGUUCUUAAUGGUAGACAAUUAGCAUUAAAGAUUUCUGCCAAUUCGGUUUAUGGAUUCACAGGGGCUACUAUUGGUAAAUUACCAUGUUUACAAAUAUCUUCAUCAGUUACUGCUUUCGGUAGAGAAAUGAUUGAAAAGACAAAGAAUGAAGUUCAAGAAUUCUAUUCGAAAAAGAAUGGUCAUCCUUAUGAUGCACAAGUUAUUUAUGGUGAUACUGAUUCAGUUAUGGUUAAAUUCGGUUAUCAAGAUUUAGAAACUUGUAUGAAAUUAGGUGAAGAAGCAGCUAAAUUUGUGUCUACCAAGUUUAAAAAACCAAUCAACUUAGAAUUCGAGAAGGUUUAUUUCCCCUAUUUAUUAAUCAACAAAAAGAGAUAUGCUGGUUUAUACUGGACUAGACCUGAUAAGUUUGAUAAGAUGGAUACUAAAGGUAUUGAAACCGUUAGAAGAGAUAAUUGUCGAUUAGUUCAAAAUGUUAUUACCAAAGUCUUAGAAUUCAUAUUAGAAGAUAGAGAUGUGGAGAAAGCUUGUCGAUUUGUCAAACAAACUAUUGCCGAUUUAUUGCAAAACAGAAUUGAUUUAUCACAAUUAGUUAUUACAAAGGCCUACGCCAAACAUGAAUAUGCUGGUAAACAAGCCCAUGUUGAAUUGGCUGAAAGAAUGAGAAAAAGAGAUGCUGGUUCUGCUCCAGCUUUAGGUGAUCGUGUUGCCUAUGUCAUUAUUAAUUCAGGAAGUGACAAAGCUUAUGAAAAAUCAGAAGAUCCUUUAUAUGUGUUAGAGAAUUCCUUACCAAUAGAUGUCAAAUACUAUCUUGAUAAUCAAUUAACCAAACCAUUAGAAAGAAUUUUCGUUCCAAUAUUAGGUGAAUCUAAAACCAAGGAAUUGUUAGCAGGUGCUCAUACUAGAACCAUCAAACUCUCAGCUCCAAAGACUGGUGGUCUUAUGAGAUUUGCCACGAAGACUGAGGUUUGUGUCUAUUGUAAGACUCCAUUAAAAGCUGAUAAUCAUGGUGCAUUAUGUCCAAAUUGUAUAAGAGAAGGUAGAGGACCAGGAUUAUAUGGUAAUGCCUUAUCACAAAUGAAUUAUUUGGAGAAUAAAUUCUCUAGAUUAUGGACAGAAUGUCAAAGAUGUCAAGGAUCAUUACAUCAAGAAGUUUUAUGCUCGAAUAAAGAUUGUCCGAUAUUCUAUAUGAGAAAGAAGGCACAAAAGGAUGUACAUCAACAAUCUCUAGAAAUCGUAAGAUGGGAUCAAACUAUCUGGUGAGUCCAAUAUAUAUAUUUAUAUUUCAUAGGCUCAUAAUGUAUAUUAUUUUUAUUAAAAACGUUGAAAUGCGACAGUAGUAGUUAUAAUCAAAAAAUUUUGCGCCCAAAAAUUAAAAAUGCAACUUUAGUGGUUGUCCUAG